AUGAAGCCCCAAGGCAUUGUGGGAAAUCAGUCGGAGGUGACCGAGUUUAUAGUCCAGUGUUUUUCCAAUGCACCAGAACUCCAGCCCCUCCUUUUUGUGAUUUUUUUUCUCAUCUACCUCCUCAUUGUAACAGGAAACACAACAAUUUGUGCGACGGUCGCAGCCGACCCCCACCUGCAAACCCCCAUGUAUUGGCUCCUGAGUAACUUCUCAUUUUUGGAAAUGUCUUACUCCUCAGUCAUUCUCCCGAAACUUCUAACCAUGCUCGUUACACAGCACAAGACCAUAUCCACCACUGGGUGCAAAUUCCAGUUGUUUUUCUUCACAGUUUUUACUUGUAUUGAAUUCUUCCUACUCACGGUUAUGGCUUACGAUCGCUACGUGGCAGUUUGUCACCCUCUUCAUUAUCACUCACUCAUGACUCUACGGCAUUGUGCUAAGUAUAUUGCUGCUGUUUGGACCUUUGGGUUUCUUGACCCUAUUCCCCUCAACGCCAUAAUAGCUAAAUUUUCUUUCUGUUCAUCCAAUCAGAUUGACCAUUUCUAUUGUGACGUCACUCCAGUAUUAAAACUCACUUGCAGUGAUACCUUUACCUUACUUCUUCUCGUUUACAUGAAUGGGGCUUUCCUUUUCUUAAGCACAAUUACGCUUACUUGCAUUUCUUACAUUCUUAUAAUCCGAACUAUUCAGGGAAUUAAGUCCUCUGAAGGCCGGAAGAAAGCUUUUUCUACAUGCGCUUCCCAUUUGACUUGUGUGAGUAUCUUCUAUGGGACAAUCUUCUGCUUGUACAUGAGGCCAAGAGCAGCCUAUGAACCAGAGAAAGACAAGUUCUUUUCUCUUUUGAAUAUUGUGUUAGUUCCCUCACUGAAUCCUUUUAUUUACACUCUAAAGAAUAAAGAAUUUAAAAUUCACCACCGCAAAGUGGGGGAGUGUCUCGCCCUAUCUCUGGACUUGCAGAUCUAUAGCCGCAGCCAGCACAUUCUUCAUAUAACCCUUCCAAACAUGCAGCCAACUCAUCCAGAAUGGAUUUCUUUGUGGUCGGUUAUUGCAGAACCUCCUUGCGAGCAUCACCCUCCAGGGACCCUACGGCCAGUCUUGAACAUUCAAGGUUUGGAAACUCUAAUUCGAAACUGGUUCGUUUUAGCACAAAAAUACUUGAAUCUUGGCAAAAACUUCAAUUUGAAUGUUAAUAAAUCAGACCCUUAG